AUGAAUGGAUACGGGUCUCCUUACUUGUACAUGGGGGCUCCGGUCUCCCAGCCGCGGGCCCCGCUGCAGAGGACCCCCAAGUGCGCUCGGUGCCGGAACCACGGCGUGCUGUCCUGGCUCAAAGGCCACAAGCGCUACUGCCGCUUCAAGGACUGCACCUGCGAGAAGUGCAUCCUCAUCAUCGAGCGGCAACGCGUCAUGGCGGCGCAGGUGGCGCUGCGGAGGCAGCAGGCCAACGAGAGUCUGGAGAGCCUCAUCCCGGAGUCUCUGCGCGUCCUCCCCGCCAUCGGAGUGUCGACGACGGCCGAGGGGAACCAGGGAGGCCAGGGGAGGACGGAGGAGCUGGAGCUGAGAUGGAGCGGCGGCGAGGCGAACACGGCGACGCAAGCCUGCUCCGGUCAGUGUGUGGAGUCAGCAGAAGAUGCUCCUGAUGAGGUGUCCGGCGGUGAAAAUGGUGGGAGCGUAAGUGAGAAGGACCAGGACCCAGUCAGCUCCCCUGAAGGUUCUAAACCAAACUCCUGCUACACCCCAGAUCCUCCAGACACACCGUCCAACUCGGAGGAAAACAACUUUGCCCUGCAAAAAUCUGGCGAAAAAGAGAGUAAACCAGGGAGUCCACAGAAGUAUGAGGCCAGCUCCGGGGAACGUGGUGUCCUGAUUGAAGGCCUUGCUGGCUCCAUCAACCUGCCCUUCAGCCUGAAGGCAAACCAUCCCCCGCUAGAUGUCCUCAAGAAGAUAUUCCCGGCUCACAAGCCUCCAGUUUUGGAGCUAAUCCUCCGAGGCUGUGGGGGAGACCUCGUGGGGGCAAUCGAGGCUCUUCUGUCCAGUCGCAGUCCGGACGGCAGCGUGCACAAGCACGCAGACCAGCACCCGGAAUCCCUGGUGUUGCCCACAAAUGGACACCCUUUUGAACACAGCCUUAGUUCCUACCACCAGGUAUCCUCUUCAGCCAAGUGGUCCGUCGGCUCAGCUUUCAGGGUUCCCGAGUCACUCCGGUUCGCGUCAGACUCAUCUUCAGGCGUGGUGACAACUGGGAGUCUGGGGGUCUCUCUACCGCACCCCUCGUUCCCCCAGCCAACACGCUACCCCCUGAUGCUGCGCAACUCUUUGACUCGCAGUCAGGCAGGACCCUUCAUGCACAACGACGUGACCCUGUGGAACACCAUGGCCCUGCAGCAGCAGUACCAGCUCCGGUCGGCAGCUCAGUACGUAACCCCUUUCUCUCCCGCCGCCCCCGGCACUGGUGUAUUCCGCACCUCCACCCUCCUGCCAACCAGAGCCUCUGAAGAGUCGCGCAUCAGUGGCCAGGACGAGAACUGCAGUUUAGGGCCCAAACCCGGACUUUACUCUCCCGAUGAAGAAUAUGAAGAGCGUUCUGACUCGGCAGACUCCCGCAUCCUCAACUCGUCCAGUUAGAUGUGGGAGGACAUUUUGUAAAGUUUACCAUCUGAACUGAUAUGUCUGUCGCGUAAUGUGAUAUUUUGG